UUUUUUGAAAAGGUGUCUUUCGGCUAAUCAUAAAUCGUUCCAUCCAUAUUCCAUGCAUUUAAUACAUAGAUCAAGUUACGAAAUGACUGGUGUCUUAUCGAAUAUUUAAUUAUUUCUUAUCGUGUGUAUAUACAUAUAUGUAUAUUUAGUUGAUGAAGAAGAAAGAAAUCAAUAUCAAAUAGAUCAUGGCUGAUCCAACGAUACAAACAUUCUGUUGUCAUCAUUCUAACAGUACAGAUAUGGCAAUUGUAAUAAUGCAAGAAUUCAAUACAGAUUUGUACAAUACUGUUUGUAUGAUCUCUUCUUCUAUAGGUAUUCUAGGUGCGAUGUAUCAGAUACUUCCAAGAGAAACAUCUAGUCAUUCUCAUAGGUGGCAAAGCUUAUCUGUAUCUAGAGGAAGAGAGAUCAUCGUAUGGCUUGCAAUUGCAGACCUCUUAGCCUCAUUAGGUGUAUUUAUUAGAUCGGCGAUAUGGAUGAAUUUUAAAUCCAUAAUGCCAAUGCAAGAUGAUACAUCAAGCGUUGUCUUUUGUGCACUUUUGUCGGCUUGGAUACAGUAUUUUUAUAUGGCAACAUGGAUCUGGACUCUUUGCUACGCCAUUGACAUGAAACUGUUACUAGGAGACAGAUCUGGACAUUCUACUUGUUACCAUGCCUUUGCAUGGAUAUGUCCAGCAAUUUUGACUACAUUCGGCUUAACAAUCUUAUAUAUACCAGAUGCAAAUUGUCAUAAUUUGACAUCAUUAUCCACUGUUACAUUACGUAUUCUGCCAAACUAUUGUGCUACUUAUGUGCUAUUAGCAGCGGUCAUGAUAGUCAAUCCUGUGUUAUAUUUCGCGUCGACGCGAGAUCUUCAAACUGCUGUCACUUGUAGUUUGGCACAAAUAACAAGUAGAGAAAGGAAAUUGGUGCAAGCGAUAAAGCUCAAAUUUGCAUUGACUAAUUUUGUUUAUUAUGUAUGCUGGUUACCGAAUUUAAUUAACGGGAUUUUGUUAUGGACUUUAUGGUUCCAGCUACCAGUCAAAAUUAUCAUUACUCUUUGGUACAUAAUGGCUGUAACAAAUCCCCUUCAAGCUUUCUUCAAUGCUCUUGUUUACAAAAGAUGGAGUAAGAGAGAAAAGUUUCGAUUGGAAUGCUGUCAGAAGUUAGGGAAAGGAGACAAAAAUACCCGAUUAUCAGAAUCAUCGCCCUUACUGGAUCCCAAAUUUGGCUGUCCCCCACAUACGAGUAUUAACGGAUCUUCUUCUAUCUGAGAACUGUGAUACUGAAAAUUCCUCUUUCAAUCGUAGUAAUACGAUCAAUCCACUGCCUUAUAUGCUUUAAAGAAAGCUAUAUUUUUAAUAUUUAUAUAUUUUUCAAGUUUUAAGGAGAUAAUGUGCUCAAUAGCCCAUUUUAUGAUGAAGAUUGCUUAAGGGAAAAAUGUAACUGAAGAAUCACUAUUUGUAUAGAAAUAUUGUAUACAUAAAAAAAUUCUUUCUUUACAUAUAAACUUGCGUUUAGAAUAAGAUUUUCCUUAGAGAUUAGAGAUUAUAGAUAUUUCUUUAUAGCGAUAAAAGAGCUUUAUGGAAAAUUGAUUGUUCGUACUAAUUUGGUAAAUACAUUUGUUAAUUGUUAUAAAUGUUAAAAGAUUUUAUUUUUUACAUAUAUAAGAAGAACGCACCUAUAUAGAGUAGUACUGUUUAAUGAGUGUAACCUUUUUUCAUAUAUCUAAUAUUUUCAUGUUGCAGUUCAGUCUGAAUAAAUUACAAAGUGUUAAGCAUCACUGAACGAGUACAUCAUAUGCUAAUAUAACUAUUUUGAUUUAAAAAACAUGAUAAUUUGUUGAUCGUCGUUUUUAUUACGGUUAAUAAAGAGCACCAUUAAAGAAUACAUAUCUACAAAACAUAAUACACGUAGAAUUUUCAAAA